CGUUUUGACACCUGCUCGGCGGUUACGUCGGCGAUUAUCCCAUGCCAUAUAGAGGCCGAGAAGGACAGUAAUGCAGGCACCAGUUGCACCGAAGAUGGCGGUGGUGAUCAAUGCCGGCUCGAAUUUUGGGCUGUCCUUCUCGCGGAAGAUGUUGCUGCUCACUAACCCCAUGAGAUUGGCCAUCGGGACUCCCACAGAUGUGAGAAGGAUACGACGCCCCUCAUGAGCCAUAUUGUUGUUAUACCAUGCGCUUAGCAGCACUGAGGGUGCAGAUGUGCCCCAUGUCAUCAUAAAUGCGCCAAAGUAUGCGAGUCGUAUGUUGUUCUUGAUAUCGUCGAUUGAGGCAUAGAUCAUAAACCCGCUGAAGCUAAGGAGGAAUCCCAAAACAAUGAACGGCGAGCGCAGUCUGGUAGCAUCCGAACUAAACGCUAGGAUGAGAAGCAUGACUGUCCCGGUACAGUUUGGUGCUACGGUAUAUAGGUUUGUCUUAACUGUUCCGUAGCCUAGCCGGUGUAUGAUCUGGGGCAAAAACAAGGCAACAGACUGCAAAGGAACGCCGAGGCAGAUCUCAAUCAGGAUAAAGCAGUAUGAAGUUGGCUGUUUGAAUACUCCGAGUGCAUCCCUGAAAGAAAAUUUUUCAUUGACAACAGAGGACGAAUCAACCUGUAUCCGGUGGAAUGCGAGUUUUUUUUCCUGCGCAGUGAGAAAACUUGCUUGCGCUGGCGUGUGAGGGAGAUACCAGAAUGCAAAUAUAGAGAAGCAUACUGUGCAUGCUCCCUCAAUAAGAAAAAGGUAACGCCACCCUUCCAAUCUUGUGCUGGGGAGUUGGAAGACUGCAAACGCAACCAAACCGGAAAACGCGUUUGCAAUAUUCGACGCAGCAUAAAAGAUGGCAAGACGCCGUGCCAGCUCUCCCCGUCGGUAGAAGGUGGUAAGGUAAUAAAUUACCAACGGGAGAAAGGCUGAUUCGGCCAUUCCCAAUAGCCAACGAACUGCAAACAAGCCGCCGAAGUUGUGGACAGCAGCAGAGAGAAGCGUCAGAGAUCCAAAACAGAACAUGCAUAUUGGUAAAACGCGAGCGGGACCGUACUUUUUGCCUAUCAUGGCGAUUGAAGGCGCAAAGAUCACAUAGGGAAUGAAGAAUAUCGACAGCAAUAGGUUGUAUUCUCCAUCCGCGAAACCGAGGUCUAUCAAAAAAUCGACGGGGUUAGCUCUGAGAGCAAUAAAGUAAGGACCGCUGCCAAUAGUAAAUACGUACCCUCGCUGAGCCCGUUGGUUUGCGCAUUUCCAAUGUUUGCUUUGUCCAGUGCAUUGAAAAGAUCUGCCUCGGCCCCUGUCAGCAGAUGAAGCAGAUGGAACAGCAGACAUACACAUCACCGCCAGCACGGGCAGAAGCCGAAUAUCUAUCCGAGAACAGAGUAUCCUCUCUUGUUCGUAUUCAAUGGUUUGGACCAUUGCAUCAUCCCCAUCAUCGCCAUCAUCAACCGCAGCUGGUUCUUGACUAUCCUUGGCUGGGGUCUCACAGCUUUUCUCAGGGUGGCUGUCGUUGGCCAACUCAAUAUCUGCUCUGGGGCUGUGUCUGGGUAGGAUGGUAUCGGCCAUUGGCAUCGCUCAAUUUAAAUAACGCAGAUAAAAUGAUAUAUCGAGAGGGUGAGAGGGUGAGAUGUGGCUUGGUGAGGAAGCCUGAUAGACUAGAGCGUCUGUUUUUGGUCAAAGAAAGGAGAGGUGCCCACUGGAGAAGCUUGACACCACCAUCACAUUGCCUAUCAUGCAGCUGUAGGGAAACACAGCUGAUAUUUCAGUCAUGACAUGAUCCAUGGUUCAUUAUCUCUGACUGUCAGACAUCAUUAUGCAAGAUAGCAUAGACUAUCUAUGGAGCGGCCUCCCUGGCAGGGUCUAUUCUCUUAGUUAGUUUUCCUCCCUAAGAUGGUCAUCCCUAAAUUUCCAUGAAGGUACAAUGAGAAUAGAAACUGGAAGAUAGAUCCAUGAUUCUAUAAAGGGAAGUAAUCGAUAAAGCAUUGUUUGAAUUCGUGGAGACCCUGGAAUAUAUAAUCACAAUGAUGUAUAAAGUUAUCAAAAUGCCACAGAUCAACUCGAUUACUAGAAAGGUUGAACACCAGAAGAUAACGCCAAUUUCCGAAAUUAGAAUACGUCGGAUAUAUUAAAUGUUUCACUUUCUGUUGUUCAAUCUCAAGAGGUAGCACAUCUAUUUCGAACAAGGCCAACUGUAUGCUUUGUCCUGAGUAUCUCUCAAUACCCAGGGUAUGCCAAUGCUUAAGGACAGCUUCCUAGCGCCAAACCCAGACAUACUGCAUUGCGAGCCAUGGCCGAGACUGAGUAUAUUCCUUUUCUGUGACGCUUGGGCAGGCACAAAGGCCCCAUGGUCGGUAGGAUACCUAAUAGCCUUUAGAUGGUUCAAUCAAGCAAACGAUAUCCGGUUUGCCUGCCUGUGGCUAAGGGAUGCAUAUGCCAUCCCCUCCAAGAAAACAAGGUAACACUCGAGCACCAGCCUCUCUCAGCAUCCGGGUGUACUCUUUGACCCCCUGGUGCAAGGCUAUUAAGCUCCAUUAAUCGUGAUCAGCGUAUGUGGCCGAAAAACCAGUGUAUCAAAAAUAGACCGGGCAAUGGAAUUGAUUCCAGGGUUGGCCAGUCAACCGUUUCGGGGACAAGGGUAUAGAGUUAUGCCGGUGUUUUGCCGUUGCAAGCUGCGUUGACAUCACGAUACAUGACAUCAUUGGCUGUGCCUUCAAUCUAGAUGAUCGACAACCUCGCCAGCAGGAAACCCAGACGGGUUUUUCGCUCCUGAAAAGUGGUAUGGGGUCCACGGCUGCAGCUGCCGUAAGAUGUGAAAAGGCAUAGUAGUGCAUUAUUAGUUAGUAUAUAAAUGAUUUCAAGUGCAUGGGAGCCAGAUAGGGGCUUCUCAUACAUUGCACUAACUACCCCGGGAAGAGGGUCUUUGGGGCUCAGCCUAUAUAAAAUGCACGUUAGCCAUUAGCUAUACGUGCUCUGGUUAGCUUGGGAAGGGAUGGAUUAAUGUCAAAGCCCAAGGGCAAGUAGAGUAAUGUAUUUAUAGUUAUCCCAUUGCUACAGUCGAGCAUUGCUGCCGAUGCCUGCAGAUGUUCGUGCAGUGCAUCCCGCGUGCUCCGUGUAUCCUGGUCCCCUAGCACUGGGGCCUGUUGUCGUUGUGUAUAUGCAUGUUUCCUCGAGGUAGAGGUACCCGCUGGCCACCUGGCAUAUAGCCCCUUGUCCAUAUCCAUGCAAAGCUCUCCUCACUGCCUCUCAACCUAAUGCCUAACGACCAGGUCCACGGCUCUCCUUGAGCAUGACAGCAACACCCUGCGCUUGAUAUAAGGGUCCCCUCCCACCCCCCAUAGUCAUCUGCAUCUGGUCUGACGCAAGAGAAACCUGCUGCAGCCUGUUUGGCGCCCGAGUCUCUCGUAGAAGGCCGCUGUGACUGCUCCGGAUACAGCAGAUCCCAUGCAUAGGAUACGUAUAUGCAUUUGUCCCUCAUCUCCUCUCUUUGUCUGCUUCUCACUUAGCUUCUCCCAAGUUGAUGUCUGCUCCAGCCUGAUCAUGUUGGUAGUAAGCUGGCGGGCUCUGUUGCUGCAGGCUCGCCAAAGCCCGGCCUCCUUCGCUUCUCCAUGUCUCCUGUCCGUUCAAGCCCCCUGCCCUGCCCUGCCCUGCCCUGCCCUGCGCUGAGCUGAGCUGAGCUCUGC